UUAAAACUCCACAUUACAUUAGAAAAAUAAUUUUGGACUUCCAUCAAAUAGAGAGAAUGAAAGAGAAAUUUUAUAAUGUAUAAUGAAUAAGGUGAAAAGUUUGCGGAGUAUAAAGAAAGAAACAGAAAUCCAUGUUAUAAAAUGAAUACACAGCUGAAUGAUAGCUUGCACUCAAAUACUGCUUGCAUUUUCUAUGGCGUAUCUGAAUAUGCAGAUUGAUGUGAAAUGUUUUCAAAGCAGAAAACAUAGUAAAAUAGUGUCCAGAAUAAAUGGCAACUGUGGCUGUUAUUUAAUACAUAUGUACAUCAUAUGAGCGAAAAUACAGGUGAUUAAUUAAUACACAUAUGAAAUCGGAUCCAAAAGUAAUUGCCCCAUUUAGAUUUUGUCAUAAAGGCACAUUAGUUCACUUUUAAUACUAAUUUCCUUAAAAACAGAUCUAAACGAGCAAACUCCCUGUGUAUUUUUUUUUUCUCCCUAGCUACGGACGAAGAAGACAAGCAUAUUCCCUUCCUCGGUUUUCUGAGAGGGAAAAAGCGGUUGUAGACAAGUGUUUCAUCUAUAAAGCUUAAUUUCAGUAACUUAAGAGAAUAGAUCAGCAUUUAGCAAACAGUUGGCGAAAGCAGUAUUAAUUUUAAAGUAAUGGCGCUGUCCAUUAAAGAAUUGGCAUUUCUUAUGAGGUUUUUCAACUGUCAAAAGUGUGGAAGCUAAGCAUAUUGGAGGAAGAAGGUUUGGGACAACGAACCUUUGAAAAUGUUGCUACUAACUUCCACCAUUCUUUCAAUAAACAAGAUCAUUUUCGAGUUGGCUCAUCUUUAGUUCUUUUAUUGCAAAAUGAAGAUCUUCUUCCGAGGAGAGAGCAAAGACUGAUUGCUGUUUUCUUGAUUUAUGAAAUGUAUAGGACAGAACCUAUUCAAGCUAACCCAUUUGCAUCUGUGUUUAUUCAUUUAUUGCAUCCACCUGAAGAAAUGAAGUCAAAGACAACAGGAGCAUUAACUAAAAGACCUUGGGCAUUGCCUCGACUUACAAACUCUGAAAAAUAUUUUUUAUCUCAGUUAAUAUCUAUGCCUACUAAAGAUCUGUUCAAGAAAACUCCUUCACAAGUCAUUCAGAUGGAUGUUUCUGAAAUGCAAUCCUUUGAUGUUAGUGGUCUUCAGGUGGCAUUAGCUGAAAGGCAUUCUGAAAUGUCUCAAACAAGUAAAUGUGGCAUACCUAUUGUUUUACCUUAUCCAGAUGAUAAGCCAAUGGAAACAAUAGAUGCUAAUGUCUUGAAAAUUACAAGGGAAGCAUUGUUAUGUGGUGCUGAUGCUCCAAUGCAGUCUUGUUUUAAACCAGAAUGUAUCAGAUUAGCUCCACCUCUGCAUGCUUUUGAUGAUGAGUUAGUUUGGAUGAAUCUUACUAAUCCUGCGGAGCAUAAAGUUGCAUGGGACACAUCAAUGUGCGUGAGUAAUACAGCUGGAGUAGAAGCUAAGCGCCUAAUGGCUAAAGCAUUUAAGUCAACCUUAACUCUUUCUCAGCAGCAACAAUUGAUGUCAGAGUUACAAGUUGAUCCAAAAUUAGUAUAUCAUAUAGGACUCACUCCUGCAAAACUUCCUGAUUUAGUUGAAAAUAGUCCUGCAGUAGCUUUUGAAGUAUUAUUAAGACUUACAUCUUCUAACCAAAUAACUGAUUACUUUUCAGUUUUAGUGAACAUGGAAAUGUCAUUACAUAGUAUGGAAGUAGUAAACAAAUUGACAACAAGUGUUGAUUUGCCAUCAGAAUUUAUUCACCUGUACAUAUCUAACUGUAUUCAUACUUGUCAAACAACAAAAGACAAAUAUAUGCAAAAUAGAUUGGUUCGUUUAGUUUGUGUGUUUUUGCAGUCAUUGAUAAGACACAAAAUUAUUGAUGUACAGGAUCUAUUUAUAGAAGUUCAAGCAUUCUGUAUAGAAUUUAGUCACAUACGAGAAGCAGCUGCUCUCUUUCGGUUGCUCAAGCAAAUUGAUAGUGGAGAACAAACACCUGCACAACCUAUGCCAAAUGUUCAACCAGCCAUAGGGAGACAAUGAAUUUUUUUCUGUGAGGAAAAACCAGUACAGUGUGAUGUAAAAAAUUGAUAUGUGUCUUAUUUUUCCUGUAAUAAAUUCUGUAAAAAAA